CUCAAAACCAUUAUACGACGCGUUUAUCGCGGAGCCAACACCGAGUGCCGGGCCACCGCGUGAAAUCCGUUCCCUGCGUAUCGGGCCAAAGUAGUCUGCGGUUCAUCAGAAAUCUCUUCUGCAAGUCUCGCGGAAAUGGAAUCAGUGAAACGUGCUAACCAACGGCUCCGUAACUAUCCUCUGCUGAUGGCUAAGUGUUCGGUAGCGGCGGCUGCCUACGCCACGUGCGUUACGACCGAUCUUAAUGUGGCCCAUCGGUCUUGCGAUAAAGAGUUCCACAACUUCAAAGAGUGCAUGAGAAAAGCCGCUAUCGAUAUGAAAACAAAACUAUAGAUAGAGUGACAUCAUUGCACUAGAGUAGUUUACCGAGGGCGUGGUAGUACUAGUCCGGAUACCGUCGACAGGGACAAUAAACGUAAAAAGUCACCAUCGCAGUGUGCUGCAGCAAUGACGUUCAAGA